AGAAUCAGAUCAAGAAUCAAAUCAAGAAUCAUAUCAAGAAUCAGAUCAAGAAUCAGAUCAAGAACAGACAAAGAAUUAUAUCAAGAAUCAGAUCAAGAAUUAGAUCAAGAAUCAGAUCAAGAAUCAGAUCAAGAACAGACAAAGAAUUAGAUCAAGAAUCAGAUCAAGAAUUAGAUCAAGAAUCAGAUCAAGAAUCAGACCAAGAAUCAGAUCAAGAAUCAGACCAAGAACAGACAAAGAAUUAUAUCAAGAAUCAGACCAAGAAUCAGAUCAAGAGUUGGAUCAAGAAUCAGAUAAAAAAUCAGACCAAGAAUCAGAUCAAGAAUCAUACAAAGAGUUAGUUCAAGAAUUAGAUCAAAAAUCUGAUCAAUAAUAAGACCAAGAAUCAGAUAAAGAGUUAGAUCAAGAACAGACAAAGAAUUAUAUCAAGAAUCAGAUCAAGAAUCAGAUCAAGAAUCAGAUCAAGAAUCAGAUCUAGAAUCAGAUCAGAAAGAAGAUCAAGUUUCAGAUCAGGAAUAAAAUGAGGAAUUAAACCAAGGCUCGUUAUUGAUUAAACGACAAACGCAAGAUCAAGAAUUGUAAUAAGUAUCUUAUUAAGUUUGGACCAAGUGCGGGAAAUGAGUUUAAAAAUGAAGCUUGUGCCAAUGAUUUCAAUAUGUCUCUACAUUCAGUUCAAUGUAGCACAAGAUAAUAACAUAAGUAGUUUAAUCGGAGCUGAUCAAACAACAUUAAAAUCUGAAAAUUCAACAGAAAAAAUUGAUUUUUCUGAAAAGGAUCAAGAAGGAUCUUCCAAAGAAAUGUUUGAAGAGCUUGAAGAACUCCUAGAAGCGGAAGAUUUAUCAGAUGAUGACGAAGCUUCAGGCAUGAAUGAAGCAGAAGAAACUAAUUCCACUUCUUUUGAACCUUCCACAACCGAUUCAACAACCACAUCCACAACGACAACAGCAACAACAACCACCACCAAAAGUCCGUCUAAGAAGGCGAGUGUGUUUAAGUACUCUAUGUACUGUACAUGUGAUCUCCUCGUGGAUUUAUGUGACGUCAACUGCUGCUGUGACAAGGACUGUGGAAGACUUGAUAGACUUGCUUUUAGUAAAUGCGUGGAGAAUUCAAAAUACAAAAAUGAUCAAAGGUACUGUUACAGCUCAGAGCUUAUGUUUACAAACAAUGCACAGUACGCAGUAGAACAGGUUUCAGAGUCUUUACUCUGUAUUGUCACAGAUAAUCUUGAAGAGAGAAAUAGAUAUGUAGAGAGGGCUGCUACUGAAAAUCUGACUGAGUUUACUAAUAUGGAGGCUAGGCAUAACAAGUUUACUUGGAGCGAAGAAACUAAACCAGCACUAGUAGAAAACUACAAACACUAUAAAGCAGGAAAUCCAUUAUGGAUCCAGUAUUCAGAUAAUACAUUGGGACAUCUCCAGAUACCUGCCCCAGGAUAUACAGGAGCAUGUCAUACAUUAGAAUCUGUAAAGUUUAUGCUGGAGAAGAGUUCUAAAUGCCCGGUUUACUUAGAUGGGGAGGAUUUAGACUGUACAGGAUUGAGAACACUAAACGGAAACAAUUUUUUCAAAAAUUUCCAAAUUCUUUCUGAACCCUCGCUCUUUAAUCCUAGAGUUAACACAACAGAAUUAGAUAAUCCGUAUAUCGAAAUCUCCACCUAUAUCUGCAGGAGUGAGAACCCCUGCCCGGAGUGUCUGGAACCUGGAACCUUUUGUCCUCAAUAUAAUCUGGUAGACAAGGUUCCAGAACCUACUCAGGAUUGCAAGAAUAUUGUUGAAAGCGUCCAUUACAAUAUCUUCCACAGUGGUGUAGAAGGGAUUAAUGCUAUUGACGCAUUCAUAAAACUUACAAAUCUCACAAAACCAAACUUUCAUCAAACAUUCUCGUAUCGGAGCUUCUGGUCCCAGGAUAACAAAACAACUACCUCUCCUAGAAGCGGUAACCCUGGCUACCUGGUGGGAAAACCGGUUUUGUCCGGUUCCAUGAACACCUCCACCGCAGGGGAAUACUUUAUAGACGACCAGGUGGAGGCAGGUAGAAAACUCACCCUGUUUGUACCUGGAUCGAACGGAAAAUGUGAUUUCAACGCUAGAGCAGCAAGAUCUCCUAUACUGUUUGGAGAGAACGUAAAGCUGGGUUGUUCCGUGUAUCUGAACAGAACUGAGAUCAGUCAAAGCUGUACCAGCCUGAAGAAUAAAAGCUUUCAAAUGCUGAAUGGAGUUCAGUUCCAACAAAUGACGGAAAAUUAUGUUGCAACUUUCGGGAAUUCUCAACCAAAUCAGACUUGGGAUUGGGUGAAAGUAUUGAUAGUUGAUUUGCCAAACUAUGGAGUUCCCAGUAAAAGAUUUGAUGGAAGAUGUAACAAUGUUGUCACAUCUUUAAACAUAGAAGUUGUCUAUGCAAGCAUAGGAUCGCUGUAUAACCCUCAAAACAAAAUAGUUGGAGUUGCGUACACAUUCGGAAGGACAAAAGAUAUUAUUUUUAAAUGUACUGGGUUUGCCUGCAAUCACAGAGGUGAAAAUCAGCGAAUUGAUUUCUCUGUGUCGGUCAAAUUUACUGACGUGACCCAGCCUGCUCUACCACAAUAUGCAGAAUAUCCGGUCAUAGAGGCUAAAUUCCCUAGAGACUUCUUCUAUCCCUUUGUUUCCAGCACGGCCGCAAGUCAGCCUGGAGGUGUCUUCUUGAUGUGGCUGUUUGUACUAUUCUAUAUUUAUAAAUCUUUCUCGUAAAAAGAUGUUUUUUAUUUAUCUUUUGAAAAACAUAAAGUUAAUUUUUACUACUUUUAAAUAAUUUUGUUUUAAUUUUUGCUUUCGAUGUGUUUUCCAGAUCAAAACUGUAAACAUACGAACUUCAGGGUCCUUUCUAGUGAACUUCUAGUAAAGUAUUUAAAAAAAUCUAAAUUUUUUUCUUAAAUGAUAAAGUUUUGAGAAUCUGAAAUGAGAGAUUGAUGCCAAAACUCAAUUCCUUGAGGAGCUGAUUUUAACUUUAAUGUUUUGAACUUUUCCAUGGACAGACAUUAAACUUUUCCAUGGAUAGACAUCAAACUUUUCCAGGAGAUUCAGCCCGAUCAAGUUUAAAAAACUAAUAUUAAAGAAGGAGGGGGGGGGGGGGCUGCUUUUUUAUACUUUAAAUUCCUAGUCUAAUUUUAUUGUGGUGUUUUUAUCCAUUUUUAUAGAAUUUUUGUAAUAUUUUACAUUUAUCAUAAACUUAUAUAACCGGACAAACAAAAUGUGCUUUUAGCAUUAUCUUGUUUUAAUUUUAAACAAGGCAGACAAAGGAAAUGAGUUGUUGCCACAAACUCUGAGCUUCUAUCCUCUAAA